UGUAUUUUACCACAAUCCCAAAAAAGUUACCUCAAGGACAAAAAAACAAAAUCUUUCAAAAUGUCAAUUGGAUUGAGGAAUGUGCCAUGAGGAGGUCUCUGGCAGUUCUAGAGAAGUGCUGAGGACAGAGGGCAGAGUGGACUAGAUUACAGAGUGAAUGGGAAAGUGGAGACAGCAAACGCAGACCAUUUCCAACAAGUUUGGAUAAGGAGAUAAAAGUACCGUUUGGAUGAUUGCUAAUAAAGAGGAUUCGCAUUUAAGGGAGAGCUUUGAGGAUUUUCGCUUUAUUUUAUUUGAUAAUGAUAAUAGGCAUGAUUGAUCGUGAGUAUGUCUCUCUAGGACAGAGGGAAAGAAACUGGUAAAAUAGGUAAAGCUGAUGCUACAGGCCCUAAACUGGAUGAAUUCAAGUAGAUGGAGUAUAGGAGACUCAGGUCUUUCCUGCUGAAAGAUGUAUUAUUACUGCAUUAAUCCAGAGCAUAAUUUCAGAGAGCCCCAGGAACAAUUUGUUAAAGAAGAAAAUAUCCAGACAUUGGGGUCAAGUAACAACCCAGGGCAGAAACAGAAUGUUGUGAAACCAGAUUUAAGUCAAGGAGUGAUAUGAAGAACGACUGGAGACCCAAAAGCCCCCAUUCAAGGCUGGAAAUGUGUCAGGAUAACAGAUGGAGUAGAAGAGGCACUGGCAUGCAUCAAGUCCAUCCCUAGAACAGGAUAAGUCUAGAGGAGCAAAUCCCCCAAGUCCCAGAGAAGAUAGUAUGGCCUUACGGUCCUUUCAAUAUCUCUUCUCAUUUGACAGUUAUCUUGCCCUGCACCAAUCAAGACCCUCAAGUUACCACCUACUUAAACAGCUUUCCUGCCUCCUCCCCUGGUACUGAAAGAAGGAAACAUGCAGAUGUUUUGCUUUCAAAUAUUUUUUGGUUUUCCAACUAAUUUCAAGAAAUUAGUUUGAAGCCAUGUGAAUUACAACUUAAAAAUACUUCCCAAUAAAUAAAGAAGCUAUUAUUACAACAGCUUCACAGAAAAAGGUCAUAAACAAGCAUGGGAAAGAUCUAUCUUCCUGCUGGCUGGAGCUCUCACUUGCUCGGUCUCCCUUUUCACAGCUGGUUUCAUACUAUUUACUAUUUGGUCAAGCCUUGCUAAUCUAUAACCCUAAGCAAAUCCAAAUCAGAUCCAACUUAUACAAGCACAUAUUAGAGCUGGGCUCCAAAGAGUACUGGACAUCUGCAGUACCUAACAUUCAAGCAUUUGGCGAGAUAUCAAUAUUUCAGAGAGCACUUUAUAUGUUUUGAUUUGAAAGCUAAUGCAGUGUUUUCCACUGGUCAACACGAGCAGUCCAGCAGAAAGCAAAAUCUAUUUCCCUCAUCAUCAAAUGCUACACUCAGUUGCUGAUCCUAUCUUGCCUACAGAGAACCUAAGAGACUGGAAAAAUUGGAUCUUUAAUGAAAAAACACUUUGGCCACUUCGAGACGAUAAACACUCACUGGGCAAAACAACUUCACUGAAAAGAGACUUCAUAUUAUGCAAAAAAAAUCUUAAAAGGCCUCUGCCUUCAGAAGUUACAAGAUGAUCAAUUUAACCUCCACACAGCCUCCAGAUGAAUCCUGCUCUAAGAACCUCCUGAUCACUCAGCAGAUCAUUCCCGUGCUGUACUGUGCGGUCUUCAUUGCGGGAAUCCUACUCAAUGGAGUGUCAGGAUGGAUAUUCUUUUAUGUGCCCAGCUCCAAGAGUUUCAUCAUCUAUCUCAAGAACAUUGUUAUUGCUGACUUUGUGAUGAGCCUGACUUUUCCUUUCAAGAUCCUUAAUGACUCAGGCCUUGGCCCCUGGCAGCUGAAUGUGUUUGUGUGCAGGGUCUCUGCCGUGCUCUUCUACGUCAACAUGUACGUCAGCAUUGUGUUCUUUGGGCUCAUCAGCUUUGACAGAUAUUAUAAAAUUGUAAAGCCUCUUUGGACUUCUUUCAUCCAGUCAGUGAGUUACAGCAAACUCCUGUCAGUGAUAGUAUGGAUGCUCAUGCUCCUCCUUGCUGUUCCAAAUAUUAUUCUGACCAACCAGAGUGUUAGGGAGGUUACAAAUAUAAAAUGUAUAGAACUGAAAAGUGAACUGGGACGGAAGUGGCACACAGCAUCAAACUACAUCUUCGUGGGCAUCUUCUGGAUUGUGUUUCUUUUGUUAAUCGUCUUCUAUACUGCUAUCACAAAGAAGAUCUUUAAGUCCCACCUUAAGUCAAGUCGGAAUUCCACUUCAGUCAAAAAGAAAUCUAGCCGCAACAUAUUCAGCAUCGUGUUCGUGUUUUUUGUCUGUUUUGUACCUUACCAUAUUGCCAGAAUCCCCUACACAAAGAGUCAGACCGAAGCUCAUUACAGCUGCCAGUCAAAAGAAAUCUUGCGGUAUAUGAAAGAAUUCACUCUGCUACUAUCUGCUGCAAAUGUAUGCUUGGACCCUAUUAUUUAUUUCUUUCUAUGCCAGCCAUUUAGGGAAAUCUUAUGUAAGAAAUUGCACAUCCCAUUAAAAGCUCAGAAUGACCUAGAUAUUUCCAGAACCAAAAGAGGAAAUACAACACUUGAAAGCAUAGAUACUUUGUGAGUUCCUACCCUCUUCCAAAUAAAGACCACAUGUGCAUGUUGUCAUCUUCAAUUACAUAAGAUAAAUAAAUAUGUGCCCUCAUCAUAAGUAUUAUCUCUAGCACUGCCAUCCAAUUUAGUUCAAUAAAAUUCAAAUAUAAGUUUCCAUGUUUUGUAACAUCAAAGAGAACACAUCCAUCCGUAAUUUCUCUAAUACUGACCUUUCUAUUCUCUAUUAAUAAAAAAUUAAUACACACAAUUAUUCAAUUCUAUUAUAUUAAAAUAAGUUUAAGUUUAUAACCACUAGUCUGGUCAGUUAAUGUAGAAAUUUAUAUAGUAAAUAAAACAGGACAUAAUCAAAGACAACUCACUCAGGCAUCUUCUUUCUCUAAACACCAGAAUCUAGCAUGUAAUUCUUUUCAACACUGUGCUUAAAGACUAACUUGAAAGCAGACACAGUUUGAUGAAGGGCUAGAGGGCUAUUUGCAAUAAAAAGUCAACUUUUUUUCCUGAUUUGAAGAAGCAGGAUAAGCACACACCCAGAAAAUCACCUAAGAAACCCCUCAUUGAUUUACUUCAUGGCACUGCAAAGGAAAAGGAAUAUUAAUUGUAUACUUAGCAAGAAAAUUUUUUUUUCUGAGAGCACUUUGAGGACACUAGAUACAUGCUAAAUACGUUUUCUACAAAGACUUAUGCCAUUUAAUAAGCCUGGGGUUCUGGCAUUAAAAUUUUUUUUUUUUGAGACGGAGUCUCACUCUGUCACCCAGGCUGGAGUGCAGUGGCGCAAUCUCG